GUGGGUUUCCAUCUUGUAAGGUGGCUUGCUUUAAGGCAGGGGUGUCCACCCUUGGCUACUUUAAGACCUGUGGACUUUAACUCCCAGAAUUCCCCAGCCAGCCAGAGCAGGGAUGUCCAACCUUGGCCAUUUUAAGACCUGUGGACCUCAACUCCUAGGUAUGCUGGCUGGGGAAUUCUGGGAGUUGAAGCCCACAGGCCUUAAAGUGGCCAAGGUUGGACACUUCUCUUUUAAAGUAACCUUCUCUGCUGUCUUCAACCGGAAAUUAUGGUUUGACUUGGGUGCUCUUCAGGUACAAGCAAAUCUUGUGUCUUUGGGAGGAGAAAAAGAAUUAAAACUCAACAUAUGUACUGGGAAGGCCAUAAUACAGGGACUUUUUUUAAAAAAAAAAGACCUGAAAGAGCAUUUGGUUCGAUGUGGAACUCAGACAGACGCGGUCUUCUCUUUGGGAGAAAUAAAAGUGGCUUUCUUCAGUGGCUCUCCUCCUUGAAAUGAAUAGGUCUCUAAUGUAAAGGAAGGCAUGUGCAGGAGGGUGGCUGAACAUGGAAAGGAAGAGCAUUGCUGAACAUGACCUCUUUAUCUUAUGUAUCUGUAAUCCCACCUUUUUAUUAUUUUUACAAAUAGCUCAAGGAGGAGAACAUAUCCAACACACCUGCUAUUUUCCCCAUCACCACAACCACCCUGUCAGAAAACCUGGUAACCAGCCGAGAAGGGUCCUCCUCGUCUCGGGAACGUCAUUAUGUGGAGCUGUGAAGCACUCAAUGGUUCCAAAAACACUGAGGACCAGAAUCUGUGCCAUGAUUUUCAUCUGGUGAUUUCCAUUUUGUCUCUGCUCUACCUCGUUAUCUGUUUCCCCAUCGGCCUUUGCUACAAUGGGCUUCUGGUUCUGGUCAACCUGUGCAACAAGGCUACCAUGACGAUGCCGGAUGUCUACUUCGUCAACAUCGCCAUUGCUGGCCUCAUCAUCAACGCCAUCGCCCCCAUGUACCUGCUGGGACCCAUCAGCACCAAAUGGGCCCUCUGGAAUUUCAACAACGAAGUCUACAUCACCUUGAUGAUUUUAUUCAAUGUCUCCUCCUUGGUGAUCAUGUAUUCCAUUGCCUUACUCAGCUUGGACUACUACAUUGAACGGGCUCUGCCGAGGACUUACAUGUCCAGCGUGUACAACACCAAGCAUGUAUGCGGCUUCAUCUGGGGAGGGGCCAUGCUGACCAGCUUCUCCUCUCUCUUGUUCUACAUCUGCAACCAUGUCUCCACGAAAAUUAUCGAGUGCUCCAAAAUGCAGAACAAGGAAGCUGCGGACGCCAUCAUGGUUUUCAUCGGUUACAUCGUGCCGGCCGUCGCCGUGCUCUACGCGCUCGUGCUGAUCUUGCGAAUACGCAAGGAGGCCACACCACUGGACCAAGACACUGGAAGACUGGACCCCUCCGUGCAGAGGCUUUUGAUUGCUGCCGUUUGCACCCAGUUCACCCUGUGGACACCCUACUACGGGACCCUGCUGGUGAGCACGCUGGCCGCCCUACAAGGCAAAGGGGUGGAGGAGAGCUACAGCCGGGGGUUGUAUUUUACGAAGGGGUUCUCCAAAUUCCUGGCUUUUUCCAGCAGCGUCGUCCUGCCUCUGCUGUACCGGUAUCUCAGCAAAAACUUUCCAGGCAAACUGCAAAAGCUGCUAAAAAAGCUGCACUGUGGGACUCAGCCAUGUUCGCACGAACGCACAGAGGUCCAGCAGGUCGUCACGUAGGUAUGAAGGAAUGCUGGUGGGCGCCAGGUUGCCGAGCUGAGUCUGGAGGCCGCUGAGCGAGGGUGCUGGAAAGGGUGGGCCCACGUUGGCAACUCGCCGUUUUAGCCUACCCAGGUAGUGACUCUGCGGAGAGAAAAUUGUUGAGAAUCUUGUCUGGGGGUUAAAAUCGUAGUUUGAUUUCACGAGUUUUGAUGCACUGAGUCGGUUUUGCAGGAUAAGCUUUGUUUUAGCAAUCUUGUGUGAAGAAAAAAACCACAAUACCCGCAGCAGGCUUUUUGACCGAACACCUAGCACUUUGUAAUCUUGUAGAAUUUUUCUUUUUUAAAAAAAGAGAGGUAUUUUUAUGUUUUCAUAUAAAAUAAUAUGAAUUUUAAAUUUACAAAGCAGUUUUAAGUCAAAGGCCAGAGUGGCACCUUUUCAGUUACGAUAAUAUCCAUUAAUAAUCACGCUGGUCAAAUUGCGUCACAGCCUAGUAUGAAACUAAAUUUUUCCUAAUGUACAAAGUUAUGAUUUAAACAAAAUCUUUACUUCUAACUCUAAAGCAGGUAGUUUGAAGAUGUCUCUUUGAACGCCUUUGUUUCUUUCUCCAUUCAGGAGUGAACAAAAAAGAGGCUUGCCCGGUUUUAUUUUACACUGUGAAAGCAUUUCAAUCAAACACAAGGAUACAAUUUUGUAGAAAUCAUAGGAUGUUGCUCUAUAUAGUAAAAUGAAGGACAGUUUAAAAUGAAGUCAAGCUUAAGAUGCAAACGAAAAAUCCAAAAGGGCACCCAAUGAAUCACUCACAAACAUUCCUUAGGAUGUACAGCAUUCUUUUCAUGGCUGAAUUUAAAGCAUUAAAAGUAUUAAAAUUAAAAGUAUUAUCAUCACUCAAAGAAUGUUUGCAAGAUAUUAAUGGAUCAAAGGAAUGGAAGGGAUAACACAGUAGUGUGAGUACACAACUUAGAGGAGAUUCACAGGGAACAACAAGGAUUUCUUAUCCUUCUGGCCCUAGUUUUUAUGCUGCUUUGGAUUCUAGUUCUGUCCCUGACUCAGUAGUGCCAUAUCUUUUCCAUCCUGUUGGUUGGACCUAACAACAAGCUAGCAUGAAGAAGUAGUCUAGGAUAGGCUACUAAAAGCCAUAUAUACUGUGUUAUAAAGACAACGUUUUGAAUCUGCUCCACUAUUAUCACCAGAAAAGGUGCCCAAGAGGUUGGAAGAUCCCCCAGGUCAGUACAUCCUAGAACAAAGUCUGGAAAAAGGGAUGAGGAACAUCUCUAGAUGUUCAGAUGGCCUCCAACACAGGUUUUCUCCUUGGUUAGUCCCCAUCCAUUGCUUCUUGUCCUGCCCUCAGGUGCUUUGGAGAAUAGGUUGGCCUCCUGUUCUUUGUGGCAGCCCCUCAAAUAUUGGAAUAUAUUCUCCAUGCUCCUCGUCUGAAAGAGAUUGUGAGAACUGAAGACCCAACUCCAUUGGAGGCCACCAAAUUGUGGAGAAAGAGUAAACGAUGUAUGGAGAGGUUUCGCUUCUUCAGAGGUAAGAUCAGAAAUUUUUGGAUUACAAAACUGGCAGGCUGCUAUGCUUUUACUGAGCUGCCAUACAAUCAUACAAUUUUGUCUGCUCCAACCUGACGUUUUGCUGUGACCCAGUGCCAGCUUCCCAGAGACGUAGGCUUGUAGAACAAAUAGUUGAGUCUUCUCUAAGAGGCCUUGAGGGUGGAUUUGGGAGGUUAUCAGAGUUAAGACACUAAUUUAGCCUAGGGAGUUACCACAAAGUCUAAUUUAGUGGAGGGAGUUACCAAGAUUCUUUGCAGGUGAGGAAGAAAACAACAGACCUUGUGUUUGCCGGGCUUAGCUGAUGUCUGAUUAGUCUUGCGUUGCUCGGUCAUCAAGCUCAGACAACUUCUAGGUCCAGCUCCUAACUGGGUAAAGAAAUUCCCACAACUCUAGGUUGGGUUCUGGGUCUUUGUCAUAGAUUUCAUCUAGCAAGAUCUUUUUUUAAAAAAAAAA